UAAAAAAAGAGGGUUUCAGGUUGGAGAAGCUACAUGUUGUCCAGACCAGCCAGUAUCUCUGAAGUAAGAAACGAGUUUUGUUAGUUUAAUUCAAUCAUACAUCUCUUGGAGUAAAUUCUAAAUUCUUAAACCUCAGAGGUGUCUGCCUACAUAGUCCAUAAAAAAAAUUCAGGAAAGUCAGCUGUGAGCUAUAUAAGGUUAUCUAGAAUCAAGAAUCAAGAGAGAAGAAGGAAGUUGUUAGAGACUGAAAUGAAGAGAAAAAGGGAAAUGGAGAAAAGAUCAGAGUUAAGGUCGGCCAGUGAAGAGCUGUCCAUGAUAGCCAAAGUUCAGCCUGGUGAUAAUCUUGAUGCAGCCCAUAUAGCAACCAAGCCUUUUCUUCAUGUCUGUACCUUGAUUCUUCAAGUUCUUGAUAAGAUAGGCCCAACUAUGGCUGUCCUUAGACAAGACAUUCAUCAAAAUAUCCAGAGAUUGGAGAUUCUCUGCGAAUCCGAUCCUACAAGAUAUUCAAAUUUGAUUGAAAUAUUGAAAGAAGAAGACAGUGAAGGCAAUGCAAGAACAAAUACCAGCUGCAGCAGAGCCGUCCUCUGGCUUACCAGGUCAAUGGAUUUUAUGGUAGAUUUGUUACAAAGGUUGGUGGAGAAUCCUGGGCAGAACAUGGAACAAGCAGUUGAAGAAUCCUAUAAUAUAACUUUGAAGCCAUGGCAUGGAUGGAUUUCAUCGGCUGCUUUUAAGGUGGCGCUAAAACUUGUGCCUGAUAGCGGAACAUUCAUUAGCCUCCUCAUGACAAAAGAUCAAACUUAUGACAACCUUAGAGAGGAUAUGCAGACCUUAAUUUCAUUACUUGUUCCUAUACUAGAAGAGAUCCACUCUAUCCUGAACUUUUAUCGAUUGGAUAGGUUAAAGUCUACCUAAGGAGAAUAUAUGGGGGAAAAAGGGCAAGAACAAACAUAUAAAGCUUGGUUUUCAUAUAGCAUGUAGUCUUCUCCAACCCAUUUUCUGUUGCUU